AAAUAAAAACUUUUGACCAGUAGUGUAUACCCCAGGAUCCAUCCAAGCCUUCAAUUCCACACAACUAGCUGGGACUGAAUUGGACAGUGUGACCCUUGCACCAACUGAGAUCUUACCAGAAGCUCGAAGACCAGCUGCAGUGGACCCAUCCACAACAUACAGCCCUGCUGAUGUGAAUACUACUCCCCUGCAGUUAUACACCUUCCCAACUCCUGUAGAGCAAAAUAACUCAGUCCCCUCCUUAGACUCCCACGAACCAGUGCUGAUUGCACCCCUUCAAGGAACUCUGCUGGACUUUGUCCUAACUAAGGUGCCUGAUACGGUCUACCUAUAGGAUUUAUUUCAAGUUUCCGGUCUGGACUUUGUCCCUGGGGCUCCACUUGUUCUUGAAAGGUGCGAUCCUCCCUCCCCCAGCACUUGUUUCACUGAGCUGGUCCCUGUCCAGGUUGACGCUCCCAUGGAAACCCAUCAGCCUCAAGACCCAAAAGACCUCUUCUUGGAUUCUAACAGCGGCCACUUUGUAUCGCCCACAGAUGGAUCUGCCAUUUACAUGAACCACUUGACAGAGAGUUCACGAGAUCCCUCGUUGAGCAGUAGUCAGGGCACCCUGUUGGAGCUUCUUCAACCCUCUUCUUAUCUCCUCGGACUUCCCGAACCCCAGCGUAGCCCCGAUUAAUCCUUUACAAAUGAGUCCCUCUGUGCAGUCCUCUUUGCCUGGCUUUAACCCUUCAAGGCCACCGCUCCGUAGCAUCUCACUACAACCCCUGACAUCCUCCCAAGGGUCAACAGUCUUGCCACCCAUAGAGACCUUUUGUACCAAAUUAUCAGCACCUAUUCCAGACAGUGCACUUCCACAUUUUGUCCUUACAUUUUUCCUCUCAAAUUGAUCCCAUUUUGUUUGCAACAUCAAGCGCCAGUCUCCCAUCUUCCCUGAAAUCUGUGGUCCUGCCCCCAGGACUACUCACUGAGCCCGCACCACACCACGUGUUUCAACACCCCGCCCUUCUCGCGCCCAUGUCCGUAUGAAGAGGGUGUCCUCCAUUUCAGAUCGCAUUGGUGCCACAAAGAAGUCCAAGACAGACUUCCUAGAGCCAGAGCCCCCUAGUGCUAAGGAGGACCUGUCGGUACCCAAAGACAGCUUUGCUGCUGUCUCCAGCAGGGCUGGGGGUAGGGCUGAGCGAUAUGACGAUAUAUAUCGUGUGACAAUAGAAAAACUUAUAUCGUUUCAUAUUAUGCUCUAUCGUUUAUUUCAUUGUGUCGCAAAUCACUCUCUUUGCGGCAAUAUUUGGACGUCGCUCUGUCCAUAUGGCAAAAAAUCAUGAAGAUGGAAGAUUAUAACAGCUACCGUUACAACUUACAUCUGCAAAGACAUGGCCCCAAUUUACACGGUCGAGAAAUGGGGGUUUCGUGAGUUGGUGCUGACACCCGACCCAAUACAAAUACCUUUUAUUUGUAAACGUAUAAUUCCAAAUGUAAUAAGAAAUAGGCCUUUACAUGUGGUCAUUUUAUAUAAACUAGUCAUUGAAUUUACAGAAAAUGUGUGUAUCGUGAUAUGUAUCGUUAUCGGGAUAUGAAAUUACCUAUAUCGGGAUAUGAGAUUUUUGCCAUAUCGUCCAGCCCUAGUCAGGGGUGUUCGCAUUAAAACCUCAAUGGUGAAAAGUGUGCUGGACCUGGACAGGCUAAAGGAGGAGCACUUGAGUGACUCUGAAAGCACAAGGUUAGUCUUUUGGAACUUAUCAGGGCAGUGAUCUAAUGAAGUGAGUAAUGAGACAAAAUGUACAAGUAUCUUCAAUGAAUAAUAGAAGAAUAGUCAUGCCUUUAUGUUUAAUGGCCAGUGAGUCUCCUGUAGAGUUCCAUUUUAAUUUAAAGUGAUUAAGCUACAUCUGCAACUAUGCUCAAAGUCAGAUUCAUAUUGAAAUAUUUUUUUCCACAAUUGGCACGUCACUCAUGUUUCCAGUGUGGGCCUCUUCUCUUUAGUGUUGAUAAGAUCAUGUCUGGCUAUUUUUAACCUUACUCUUAACUCUUCCUCUCCCUACUAGUAACCUACAGUAUGAUAUGACAAAUGGAACAAGGCGUUUUACUCCUGAAAUAGAACUGUCGAUAGGAUAUGUAGAGGUCAGUAACUAUAAAGAGCAGGUCAUGCAUAGAAACCUUUUUUGAAGUCAUAACUGAGAUUGUCAUUGUCACCACUCAUUUACCAAUCUACAAUACAGCUCCUAGUUUGCACGAUGCUCUCCAAUUGUCAUCACUGCAUUUCUUCCCUAAAGUGUGUAUCUAACACAGUGAGUGAUAUUCAGCCUGUAUUCAGUCGAUUUCAGUGUUUCUCUUGUAUUCCUCACAGGCCAGGGCCUUUAGGAAUGCCUGUCUAUACCUCGACUAGGGGGGAACACGAGUAAACAACAGAACUGUGUCGCAGUGCCCUGACUGACUGGAACAAAUACUCAGUGGCCUGGAGGGUAGUGAUAGACUGUGUCCAGGGGCGCUGGCUGGGGCCAGGCUGAGGAAGCUGUCCUUCUCUAGGAUGACAGGUGUCCGUAUGCUGGGCCUGCUCCACGACACGGUGGUCUUCUUGGUGGAGCAGCUCCAGGGGGCCCGCCGCUGCCAUAGCCACACCUUCCGCUUCUUUAAACAGAUCAGCCAAGAGGAGGACCUGCCUGUCAACCCCUCUGGAUGUGCCCGCUCUGAGGUCUACCUCAGGAAGUCCACCUUCGACAUGUUCAACUUCCUGGCUUCCCAGCACCGCCAGCUCCCUGACAUCAACCACUACGAUGAGGAGGAGGAUGAAGUCCCACUCAAAUCCACAAGACGUGCCACUAGCUUGGACCUCCCCAUGGCCAUGCACUUCAGAUAUCUGGAGAGGACAUCUAAGGAGGCUGUAGGCGUGUACAGGGUAUCAGCUGCUACAUGUUCCGUAUCGAUGACUUUGACGUGGUGGACGCCACGAUCGCAGCAAUGCGGGGCGCUUCAUCAACCACUUGUGCGAGCUCAACUGCUACUCACGCGGCAUCUACGUGGAGGGCCAGAAGCACAUCGUCAUCUUUGCCCUGUGCAAGAUCUACCAGGGCAAGGAGGUUACUGUCAUGACUGUCCUGUGAGGAUUACAAUGGGUCAGAUCAGCCUGGCAAUGGUUGACAAUAACCAGACCUUCUCUCACCCACUAAAGAGGGGAGGAGGGAGCCCUGUCGUAAAUGUAAGUAGACUUUCUCUCCCCCUCCAGUAUUUAACCCAAGUAAUGAUCUUUGUUAACUUUUCCCCCCGAAACUCUAACACGGUCUAAUGGAACAAUAAUUCUAACAUAAGAAUGUGGCGAAUGGUCAGUGGAGAGCUAUGGAAAAUUAAUGUAACAUUGGUUUUCAUUUUGUGAUGUCAUUAAACUCUAUGGACAAAAAACUGUAACUUGCAAAGUAAAUCCCCGUUAUCUGUCAAGUUUCCAUCUAAUACGUUGCGCAUAUAAUAUGAAAAAUGAUUAAAGUAUUGUUGUUAAGAUAUUAAUGUGGUUUUAGGAGGUAUAAGAUAAUCUAUCUCCUAUAAACUGUGCAUAAGUAAGUAGCCAAGCCCCGAGUGAGGUCGGAGAGCAUGUCAGACUGAUGGAACCGUCCCUUUCGGCCAGAGUGCAUGAAAAAGCUUGGUAACGAAAUUAACAUUAGACCAGAAAAUGUGAGGCAGUAGCUACAUGUUUGAAAUGGUUGGAACUUUGAACCUCAACACGAGGUGAAGAAAUAAACUCACCUUCCUUUAGACCAGAGAGACGGCAAGCUGCAUCUCAAGACCAUAGUAGUAUGAAUCCUGAAUAAUCAACACAAGGUGUAGACGAGAAGCUCACCUCCCAGACAACCACUGAGACAGCUAUCGAGUCAAAUAUCUAGAAAGGGAAUCUAAAUUAGACUUUUCUACUAAGCUCAUCACCAAUGGGAACCGUCGACACGGCUGAUUAGUUAUCUUCCAGAGUGAACAACAGUAGAAGACGAGAAAAGGGAUACCCCUUUUGGGCAAUCAGAGCCAUACAGUUUUCCACUGAAAGGCCAACAACCUUCCUAACGAGGGCUGGUUCCGACCGAAUAAAGGAACAUGCACGUAAAUAUAUUAAUGAUUUCUUAUUUCAAAGGUGCAGCGAUUCGUGUUCAAACUACAGUUGAAGUUGGAAGUUUACAUACACUUAAGUUGGAGUCAUUGAAACAAAUUUUUUCAACCACACCACAAAUUGCUGGUUAAACCUGUUAUGGCCAAGGGGAACUCCACCCUCCCAUUCAGCUGAAAAGGUGGCACAGGGAAUUCAAAAAUAUUCUUUAGAAAUAUUUAACUUUCACACAUUAACAUGUCCAAUACCUCAAAUGAAAGAUAAACAUCUUGUUCAUCUACCCAUCAUGUCUGAUUUUUAAAAUGUUUUACAGCGACAACACAACAUGUAUUUAUGUUAGACCACCACCAAAUCAAAGGGAAAAUGCAGCCAUUUUUUCCAGCCAAAGAUAGUCACAAAAGUAGGAUUAGAGAUAAAAAUGAAUCACUAACCUUUUGAAAAUCUUCAUCUGAUGACACUCAUAUGACAUGUUACACAAUACAUUUAUGUUGUGCUCGAUAAUAUGCAUAUUUAUAUCCACAAAUCUCGGUUUACAUUGACGCCAUGUUCAGAACUGCCUCCAAAAUAUCCGGAGGAAUUAUAGAAAGCUAUGCCAGAUAACAGAAAUACUCAUCAUAAACUUUGACUAAAGAUACAUGUUCUACAUAUAAUCAAAGAUACACUGGUUCUUAAUGCAACUGCUCUGUCAGAUUUUUUAAAAACGUUACAGAAAAAGCCUACCAUGCAAUAAUCUGAGACAGCGCUCAGAUGUAAAAGUAUUUCUCCGCCAUGUUGGAGUCAACAGAAAUACGAAAUUACAUCAUAAAUAUUCCCUUACCUUUGAUGAUCUUUCAUCAGAAUGUAGUGCAAGGAGUCCUAGUUCCACAAUAAAUUGUUGUUUUGUUCCAUAAUGUCCAAUACUAGUGUCCAAUUAGCUGCAUAUGCUACCACUUUCAGCUCACGUGCCCAAAAACUGACUGCUGGUCCAGGACAACUCGCACGAAAACUUCAGAAAGAUAUAUUCCAGGUCGAAUAAACUGGUCAAACUAAGUAGAGAAUCAAUCUACAGGAUGUUAUUUCCAUAUAUAUCCAAUAACGUUCCAACCGGAUCAUACGUUUUCAGCUGCAGCCAAAUGGAACGGCAGUAGCACCCACAGAGAAAUGCGCCACAGAAAAAUGGCAUUCUGUCGGGAUAGUGACUAUUUCCACUCCAAUUCGGUCAAAGUUCACAGCAAAUGCUCCAUUCCACUUUCUACUGAAUGGGGACAUCUAGUGGAAGGCGUAGGAAGUGCUACCAGAUCCAUAUCUUGUUGGGAAAGGAGGGGGCGAUGACGUCAAAGUUGACCCACAUUCAGAAUUUCACUUCUUGUUUGGAAGAUUGCCUGCCCUAUGAGUUCUGUUAUACUCACAGACAUAAUUCAAACAGUUUUAGAAACUUCAGAAUGUUUUCUAUCCAAUAGUAAUAAUAAUAUGCAUAUAUUAGCAAUGUAGGACAGAGUAGGAUGCAGUUCACUAUGGGCACGCAAUUCAUCCAAAGUGAAAAUACUACCCCCUAUCCUCAACAAGUUCUAACUAUAGCUUUGGCAAGUCGGUUAGGACAUCUACUUUGUGCAUGACACAAGUAAUUUUCCAACAAUUGUUUACAGACAGAUUAUUUCACUGAUCCACUGUAGCACAAUUCCAGUGGGUCAGAAGUUUACAUAGACUAAGUUGUCUGUGCCUUUAAACCGCUUGGAAAAUUCCAGAAAAUGAUGUCAUGGCUUUAGAAGUUUCUGACAUAAUUGUGAGUCAAUUGGAAGAUCACCUGUGGAUGUAUUUCAAGGCCUACCUUCAAACUCAUUGCCUCUUUGCUUGACAUCAUGGGAAAAUCAAAAGAAAUCAGUUUCAGAGAAAAAAUAGUAGACCUCCACAAGUCUGAUUCAUUAUUGGGAGCAAUUCCCAAACGCCUGAAGGUACCACGUUCAUCUGACCAACAAUAGUACGUAAUAUAAACACCAUGGGACCACGCUGCCGUCAUACCACUCAGGAAGAAGACGCAUUCUGUCUCCUAGAGAUGAACGUACUUUGGUGCAAAAAGUGCAAAUCAAUCCCAGAACAACAGCAAAGGACCUUGUGAAGAUGCUGGAGGAAAUGGACACAAAAGUAUCUAUAUCCACAGUAAAACGAGUCCUAUAUCGACAUAAUCCGAAAGGCCGCUCAGCAAGGAAGAAGCCACUGCUCCAAAACUGCCAUAAAAAAGCCAGACUACGGUUUGCAACUGCACAUGGGGACAAAGAUUGUACUUUUUGGAGAAAUGUCCUAUGGUCUGGUGAAACAAAAAUAGAACUGUUUGGCCAUAAUGACUAUCGUUAUGUUUGGAGGAAAAAGGGGGAGGCUUGCAAGCCGAAGAACACCAUCCCAACCUUGAAGCAUGGGGUGGCAGCAUCAUGUUGUGGGGGUGCUUUGCUGCUAGAGGGACUGGUGCACUUCACAAAAUAGAUGGCAUCAUGAGGGAGGAAUAUUAUGUUGAUAUAUUGAAGCAACAUCUCAAGACAUCAGUCAGGAAGUUAAAGCUUGGUCGCAAAUGGGUCUUACAAAUGGACAAUGACCCCAAGCAUACUUCCAAAGUUUGGCAAAAUAGCUUAAGGACAACAAAGUCAAGGUAUUGGAGUGGCCAUCACAAAGCCCUGACCUCAAUCCUAUAUAAAUUUUGUGGGCAGAACUGAAAAAGCGUGUGCGAGCCUUGAGGCCUACAAACCUGACUCAGUUACACCAGCUCUGUCAGGAGGAAUGGGCCACAAUUCACCCAACUUAGUGUGGGAAGCUUUUGGAAGGCUACCCGAAAUGUUUGACCCACGUUAAACAAUUUAAAGGCAAUGCUACCAAAUACUAAUUGAGUGUAUGUAAACAUCUGACCAUCUGGGGAUGUGAUGAAAAAAAUAAAAGCUGAAAUAAAACAUUCCCUCUACUAUUAUUCUGACAUUUCACAUUCUUAAAAUAAAGUGGUGAUUCUAACUGACCUAAGACAUGGAAUUUGUACUAAGAUUAAAUGUCAGGAAUUGUGAAAAUCUGAGUUUAGAUGUAUUUGGCUAAGGUGUAUGUAAACUUCCGACUUCAACUGUAUAUGAUUAAUGUCAGAAAAGUUCUAAAAUGUAUCGAAGAUAAGUAUCUUUUUGUCUUUCUCUCCAUGUUGUUGUGUAAAAAGCCAGUAUAUUGUAGAAGUCCGCUAGGGACCUUUGUCUCACGUAUUAAGUGUGUAUGUUAUCCUGUUAUUAUUUAGUUAGCUAGUAAAUAGACAAUUAAACCCAUUUGUGUAGUACUGAAGUAAGGCUGGGGUUUUUGCAGAUGCAUGAGGUUUCAACUGUUCAGAAUGAUAAUAUGAUGAGGUAAUGAUUAAUAAGAGGACUGUUUAUCGUUGAAAUAGAUGUAUACCUUAUAUGAGUUCAGUUUUCAUGAUGGUAACACUUUAAACAACCUCUUCCAUGGUGGCCCAAAUCCUAAUGAGUUCAUUGUUACAGAAUGAUUUAAUCGGGUAACAAUUAAACAUAGUUAACAGAUUAAAUAAAUAACAGUCAUUAGAUUAAUGAAACAAGUUCCCCAUCAAAGACCCAGCAAGCAAGCUCAACUGCAACUACGGAGCCCAGAAAUGUAGAUGCUUCCUCAACUAGGGGCAGGACGACGUGGGACUGCCUCAGUCCCAGCAGGGUGAGCAAGGUGCUAGGGGAGGGGUAAGAGAGCAGAGGCAACAUGGGAAGACAACAGAGGUUAAUAGGCUCUGGAGGAGGAGAUGAUACAGGGGAAGAUGAGCCACUACGAAGAGACUGGGAGAGGAACCAGGGCCAGGAGAUGGGGAGCAAGAGGGAAGAGGACCGCCACACAGGAACAUGCAUCAAUAAGCUCACAUUGGCUCCUAACCGAUAUGCACCUGCCAGAGGUUGGGCAAGUUCGCCACAGGAAAGAGUGGAAGAAGCUACUGUUAUGACAUGGGUUUUUUCUUGAGAACAGGAAACUGAACGCUGCAGACAUAUUGUGGUUAUGCUGGUUCUAUGUUGCAUGAAGGUAUUUCCCAUUAUGUAUAACGUCAAUCCCUUUCUGUUGAAAUAAGGGUGGACCAGAAAAGCUAGACUUGGAGAGAUUCCUUAUCUUUUUUUGUCAGGAGAAGGGGUAUUUUUUAUUUUUUCGACACCCAUAAUCAUGUUGGCUCCAUCCUUUCUAGUUGAUCCCUUAGAGAUAUAGCUAUCUUUACUUUAAUCAUUGUUUUAUUUAUUUGAAAUUAUUUUUCACAGAACUCAUCAUGCGUCAGGUUGUACAUAUUUACUUUCCGUUGACUGUUCAGAGAACCAUGGUGCUAGAUAUGAUGGGCCAUAGAAUUUGUGGCUCCUAGGUCAGAGACCCAGCAAAUGAAUCACUAUUUUUCUAUCCAUUCUCCACUUCCUUGUCACACAGACCGGGGAAGAGACCUCCAUUAUGUUCAAUUAAACGGUUCGAUAACAGUGUUACCCUUAAAGAGUUUGCUGCAGCUAAAUCAUAUCUUUAAGAACUUUCCCUUCACCAUUUUUGCAUGUAGCAAACACUACCCAAUCCAAGAGUGACGAGUGUAGCUCUUUUUUAUUUAAAAAUAUAUUUUAUUACUAUCCUGGCAAAUGCUGAUGACCUUUUGCAAUAAUAUUAGGCCUACUUCUUUGCUGCGCUACAGUUGCACAUCUUUAGUGAAUGAACAAAAUCCAGACUCCAUAUUUCUCAACAGUCAGUGGAGUUAACAAAGUACUGACUUCUCCUUCUGACAUUCUCUGCCAUCCACAAAGGGUGGAACACUGUCCAUGUUACACCACUAAGAGAUGUGUUAUAAACUCUAUAUAUACCCGACUGUGGACUGACUGCACCCCUGUGCACUGGAGAUCUCAAGCAUAGCAUUAGGCCAGUACUGUACUGUAUGUUGCUCCGUAGGAUGUCUUUAAGAGAGAAUCAUGUCUUGGUGUAAAACCAAGAUAGGGAGAGAAUGCACUCAGCACCUUAACGUUUGCUGUCGUACAACUUUAGUCAACGCUGUCAGUCAGUUCAGUCAUCAAAUGUACACCCUGUUGUUCACAUCUUUACAAUAAGAGAUUGCUUGAGCUCUAGAAUAGUUGUAUUUAUUCAUGUUUCUGUUCAGAUUUUGGACUGGUGAAACUAGCUGUGCUUUGUAUAAAUGGUGGUCUAGUGGGAAAUCUUCCUCCCCUCGUUUCCUCUUUUUGUUUACUUUGUUACUUUUUUCUUAUUAGAAUCUUGAUGUUUGAGGACAGUUGUGUAUUACAUUUCAUCCUUUACAAGACAUUGUUCUAGAUUGUAUUUCUUUGUUCUGGUAUAAUUUUCAUGGAGAAAGUACGGCAGGCCUUAUAACAGAAGAAUAUCAAGCAUUCGAGUCAUGCUGUUCUUCCCAUCUGCGUGCUACAGAGAACCCUUCAAGGUACAGAAAAUAUUCUAAAGGAAAUGAGCACUGUCCUUUUGGAAUAGGAAGAGCUUAAGCCCAUCCAGCCUGCCUGACCAAUCAGUGAGAUGGAGCCUGUAUUCCCAUUUGUCAAUCAUCUAACACCCUUAGCAGAGUUUGCCAAUAACAGGAUGCAUCUGUUUUUCAGGGAUACGGCUAUCCUUAACCUAGCUUCCUUUUUCGCUGAAAACCUGAUGUUGUAACAAUGCUUAGAGCAGGUUUCUCUAUGCCCACUCCACUCCCUAACCUCUUGCCAGGACUCUACCUCAGUUGUUCUGACAGAAAGAAUAACAAUGCAAAAAAAAUGACAAUAUAAGAGUAACUUGGUUUUAAUGUCCUGCAGAGCUGGCCUGUGUGUUCGAUGAAACAUGCAAAGCACUAGUUGGAAACCUGAAGUUACCAUGACGAUCUCUCCCAGAACUGGUUCAGAAAGCUGUAUGUUCUAUAUGGUAGGGUUAUUUUAAAGUAUAACAAAGUGUUAAAGACAUGAAAAUAUGUGUGAACUUGUCUUUGUUACCUUGUACAAAUAAACCCUGAGUUUGUAAAUAAUUGUAUACAUAUUUCUAAACCCGUAAAAUUUUUCUAUGCACUUUUAUUUUAUAUGCCUAAAAAUCAGACUUGGUCAUUCAAAAAGAGUUUGAAACAAAUAAAUGCUGAAAUGUCAUUUAUAUAACAUGCAAUGUAUAAAUAAAGCAAUAUCAUUGGUUGGUGAUAAUACAUUUGACAUAAGAUGAUAAUGAUUAGUUGGCCACGGUUGGGAACUUGGCCUGGACACAGGGUUUACCAUCCUUGCUUUAAGUGCCAUGUUAUCGAAGAUAAAUAUAUUUUUUGAACCUUAAUGCAAAGGAGCAGUGUUCCCAUUCACUGCCUUGGGACUUCGGUGUCCCCCAGGAAAAUGCCUCUCCUGUGAAGUCGUGACAUACGCCUAGUUUCCUGAAACGAGUCACAUAUCCCCCCCAAGAAAAGCAUGCCUCCUACUGGCCCUCCUGUUAUAUCUCAGUGCCUUGGCAGGGGGUAAAGACUCGCAGUUGUAUCUGGAUGGAGCCAUCUCUUCCGGACCCAACACAUCCAGACUAGACAACCUUAAGCAAGCUGAGCACCACCACUGCGUCGUUCCGGUCCAUCUCUCUCAGCAACCUGGCCAGGUGUCCUACAGUCCACUCUGGGUGUUUGGUGGUGACCCCCUCCAGCACGGCCCUCAGGGGGCUCUUGCUCUCCCUCAGGGAGUAGGUGUAGGUAAUCCAGGUGGCGGGGAAGGAGCAGCGAGAUGCUAGGUGGCUGGUGUUCUUCACCCCAGGGCUCUCCGGGUCCAGCAGGAUCACAAGCUCCUCUAGAACAUCCAGGUUGUCCAGAACCGUCUGCAGUGGCGCAGACUGGAGGUCAGAACCUGGUAAGACAUGGGGAAAUAUCACUACGGGUGAGUGAUGUGUCUGGAAUGCUGACUUCUGUCAAUCCAGAGCCAAAUAUGUAAAUCAAGUAUUAAUGGGUUGUUCCACUAAAUGAGUCCCUUUUGGGUAGUGUAACUUGGUUUAAAAAAAAUCUGAUUAUAACAUUCUGUCAUGAAAAGCACACUGUCAACUUAAUCAAAAACACGUUUUCCCAUCACGAGGUUAAAUAAAAUAAUGACUAUAUUAAGUGCCAAAUAAUGUAACAUGAUUGACGAUUUUGUCUUAAAUCAGCCAUAAAUCCCCUUUUGACAGGGUGAAUGGAAGCUUGUGUGUAACAGGGAGGGGCAAUUGAAUGCAAGCUUCACAAUGUAAAUAGUUGGGUAAUAGGGUUGACGUGUUCUGCUCGAGCCACUCAGUUUUCCACCACAAAACACCAUAAAAUUGACAGUAGAACCAGCUCACCUGCUUUUACACUAUGAUUUGACUAUUAGAUGUUAAACUGUUCCUUUAAGUAAUUGCUUCAAAAGAAACAUUGAACAUCUUUUCAGUCUUCAUUGAAUUAUCCAUGUGGUCUACAUUAAAGGGCACUUCAUUUAAUAUAACAGACUUUUAAAAUUAAAUAUGGGCCACAAUUUCUACUUAAAAUAUUAAAAAAAGACACAAAAAGGGACCCAUUUCGUGGAACCACCCACAUAUCAUGGGAAAUUUGUGCUGAAAUUCAGGUGGCACACUGAAACCUCCAGCCUUUUUGCAACUUAUGGAAGAGUAGUGAUGUAGAGGUACUGGUAAUACCAAUGAAUAACAGACUGGUAGUAGCUCUAUUAGUAAUAGGACUUGAUAACUCACUCAAAAUGUCCUCUAGGCUCCUGGUCUCUGACUGUAGCAGAGCAACCUCUUCAUUGACAGCUGCUGUUGUCUUAUUGCUCCGUGACCGUUGGUGGGUAUUCUCCUUAUCUGUG